AUGUCAUUCGGCCACGGUUUCAAGACGAAAUACUUCCCCAUCUCAGACAACUCCUACAAUCCGGUCAAUCACGGAUCGUAUGGAUUGCCCCCUCAAUGUGUCAUCGACAAGUACUACAAAGAGUUUUGUGCUGAUUUGGCCAGUCCUGAUACCUAUGCACUUACUAUUCAGCCUGAUUCGUAUGCUGCAUCGCUCAAGGCUGUUGCAAAAUUCUUGAAUUGCUCAUACAAGAGAUUGGCGUUUGUGGAUAACGCUACAACUGGUGUGAAUUGCGUGUUAAGAUCGUAUCCGUUUAAGAAAGGUGACAAGAUCGUCAUGCCAUCCACCACCUACGGAGCCUGUGCCAACACGGUGCGCUUUUUGGAGCAGAAGAUUGGAAUUGAGGUGGUUGUGGUCGAUCUCGUCUUCCCUCUUACCGAUGCAGAAGUUGUUGCUGCGUUCAAGAAGGCAUUUGACGAAAACACUGUCACCUUGGCACUCUUCGACACCGUGGUAUCCAUGCCAGGAGUGAAAUUGCCUUUCAAGGAAUUGGUGAAGUUGUGUAAGGAGUAUGGUGUCUUGUCUUUGGUUGACGGAGCACACUCUAUUGGAUUGCUUCCAAUGGACUUCGCUGAUUUCGAGCCAGACUAUUACGUUUCCAACCUUCACAAGUGGCUUGGACUCCCUCGUGGUAAUGCCGUGUUGUACGUGGAUCCCAAGCACUUCCGGACCAUCCAAACGAUGCCUAUCAGCCACUCAUACGUGAGCACAGAUGCUGAACUUACUGCUGAAGAAUUGGACAAUCUUCUUGUCACCAAAUUCACCUUCACUGGAUCUAAAUGCUACGCCUCGGUUGCCGCCAUUGAAGAGGCGAUUCGGUUCCGUGCUGAAGAGUGUGGAGGAGAGGAUGCUAUCCGUAAAUACUGCUUCGGGCUUGCUCGUGAGGUUGGCGAGAUGGCCGAGAAAAAGUGGCCUGGAUUGAAGAUUAUCGAGAACGAGGAAAAGUCCUUGGCCACUGCUAUGAUCACGGCUUACGUUCCGAUGGAAGACUACUCCAAGUCGUUCGAUGCAUCGAACCUUGUCGCCGCCAAAGCGUUCAUCAAAUUUGCUCCGCAGUACCAGAUCAAGAAUUACAAGUCUUACUUGCCAUUCGCUGUACACGGUGGAAAGAUUGUGGUUAGAUUCUCUUGCCAGGUCUAUAACGAGCUUUCUGACUAUGAGUAUGCCAUUGAGGUUGUGCAGAAGACUAUUGAGGCGUUCUUUUUGUCUGAGUUUGACAAACUUUCGUUGUAG